CACUCGCACGUCAUGCUUCCCCGUAGCAUCUUAGUAUUCAUUACAGUGGCGCUCGCUAUCUAUCUAUCUUCACGUCUCAUAUUACAACCCUACGCCGCCACCGAUCGUUAGACAGCGAUAGCUCCAGCGAUGAAUCAUCGUGAUCGAACGGUAUCAUUCGAUGACGACUCGUAUUUCGACUCAUCGAUUCCAAUGCAAACAUCCAACGCAGGUUCUCCUCUGCUUGGACCACGACUCGCUCCACCAAACCGCACAACUACCAAUCCAAUGGGACCACGAGAAAGACGAGCCGAAUACAUGGCGGCGCGCAGACCAACCCCAAACCCAGACCAGUACGCCUACAAUGACCCCGGAUAUGUCAGUCCAACCCCCCAUCGCACCUCCAGACGCACCAGGCUACCGUCAUCCACGCCAGAACGAGCAUCCACAUCACCAGGAGCCCCAUAUGCCCGGUACAGGGGAGAAGACAACUUACCCAACGAUGUUGUAGCAAAGGUUCUCGACCCGCCCAGAGGGAGGAGAACGCCUACACUGAGAAGAGCACCGCAUAUACAAUGGGAUCUUUCGGGAGGAAUCCGCACAGUGACGAGCUUCACUUCAACGGGAGGGUCUGUCACGGAAGAGGACGCCGUUGCUGAUGGGAGGUAUGGAGAUGGACAGGCAGAAAGCAGCCAAGCGGCAUCGUCUCGCCCACGUUCUUCAAACUUGAAUCAUGCCCAACAAAUCGAGAGAGGGCUACAUGUUCCUCUGCUGCAUCAAGACGACUCGACUCGCCCGAGCUCUUCAAAUCCAACUCUUGUCCGCCAACUUGGAAGAGGGCUGCUACAUGAAAGGCUACAAGAUGCUCCUGUCUAUUAUCAAAACGACACUCAACUCUUCUCGCAAUCCCUACCCAGCCCCUCACGCCGCGUCUCAUCCGAUUCGGAAACCACGAACCCAGUCCCAAACUUUCGACGCCAUGUUCUAAGUCCCAUAGAAGAAGAGCGCCGGAGGAAGCCAGUCCCUGCCCAGGAUGUUCCAGACCUAGUCCCGUCGCGCCGAUAUCGACAUCGCCGACAUGCCACAGACUCCCCACCAACACCUCCCGAACCAGGUUCCCCACGGCCUCGGCCCCGUCGUAGACAUUACCUACCCGAUGAAUACGAUGGCGACAACGCCUCAUUGCGCGAAGCAGAGGCCUUGCGUAUCCAGCAUGUGACGCAUGAAGAAGUGCGAAGGAGCGAGAGGACUAUCGCACCUCCCCCAAGUCGCGAUAACAGACCAGAGGCUGGGCUUACCGUGGGCGAUUCGAUGCUGGAAAAGCUGUGGCGGGAACGAGAGGCGGAUUAUGAUGAGCUUGUUCGACGAGUACGGAAGACGAUGAAGGAGAAACAUACGUUGAAAGAGAAGGCGAAGAAGUGCUGGCGCAAGGUCAAGAAGUUCUUUGGCAAGCGCAUAAGGGGGUGAAGAGAUGUGGGGUGUAGGGCGUCUGGUACAGACGUGUCUAUUAGUUCAUUUCUAGUUACCGACGCCGGCUCUAGCGCCUGUAAUACAAAUGCUGAUUAACCGU